AAAAGCUGCUCCUCUGUUAUGGUGUGAGGAGUUUUCUGAAUUUUCAGGCGGGCGCUUUUCUCGGGAGGUUAACUCCUGUGUUCCCCUUUGAAAAGAGCGGCUUACUGAUUCCUCUUCAUGAAGGUCAGAUGUUGUUGCACAGUCUGUUACUAACUUCGUGGGCUGGAGGUCAGGGAACCGGCCCUGUUACCGGAUGGUCGCCGGUAGGAUCACCAGAGCCGACAGCACGUGACUGAGUUGUCCUUGAACUGCUCCCCCAAGGCUGUGGAUAGGACUGCCCACCGACACAGGCAGGUAUACACCACUGACCUGUGACACGUCCAACCAUGUUGCGCUCACUGACUGUAUCUCUAUGCCAGCGGGCCCAACCACUUAUCUGCCUCACCAGCAGAUACUGCUCCUCCAUUCCGGCAGAGAACAAACUCACUGUGAAUGCACUUUACAACCUUUCAGUUGACGUAUCUAAGAUCCGGAAGCUGAAGGCAUGGGUGUUGCACCAUCACCCUGCUUAUGUGAUGGAGACAGCAGCCCUGCUGAGGGACCUUGGGGCCAGCAGGCCGGUUGUUGCUCGAGUGUUGGAACUCCACCCAGAGGCCAUUCUCUGCAGGCCGGAGCAUUUGGAAGCUCAGAAGGAGCUGUGGAUGUCAGUGUGUGCCAGCCAGAGGGACUUGGUAGGAAUCAUUGAAAAAUUCCCCGCCUCUUUUUUCACCUCACCCUGCCAUCUUGACAGCCAAAGGGCCAAUGUCAUUUUCUUCCAAAGUUUGGGCCUUAACAAGCGCAUUGUUGCUAAGCUGAUGGCCAGUGCACCACAGAGUUUCAGUAGAUCUGUGAAACAGAAUCAGGAGAUGAUUAAAACACUGCAGAAGACAUACCUGGAGCUAGGAGGCAAUGAGACUAGUUUAAAGGUCUGGUUGCAGAAGCUGCUUAGUCAGAACCCAUACAUGCUCAUGAAGCCUCCAGAAGCCUUACAGAAUAACUUGAUGUUCCUGCAAGACCGGGGCUUCACCAGCAUUGAGCUCCUCCAGCUGCUCUCCAAACUAAAAGGCUUUGUCACUGAGGUCCAGCCAGAGUCGAUGGGCCUCAGUCUGGGUUACUCUCAGAAAAUAUUGGGCUGCACAGAGACUGAGCUCCGGCAGAUUGUGCUUAAGUGUCCGGCUUUGCUCUACUACUCUGUGCCUAUCUUGGCAGACAGGUUUGAAGGACUCCUCAGUGCUGGAAUCAGCCUGCAGCAGAUCAUGGGGACACCCACAGUCAUGGAACUUACCACACAGAUUGUUCAAUAUCGUAUUCAGAAACUGCGCACUCAUGGUUAUGAUAUUAGGACAGGCAGUCUGGAUGUCCUCAGUGGCACCAAGAAGGACUUUGAGAUCAGCUUUGGAAAACUGUAUCCGAGGCGAGAGAGGCCACUCUUUAACCCUGUAGCCCCCCUCAGGACUGAUGAGUGACGAUGAGUGAGAACGCUUCUUGUGAAAUGGUACCUCCUAUUAGACAAUAAAAUGCACUCACUGGUCCUUUUAUUAUGUGUAACUGUUUUGUAUGUACACGAUCUAUUUUAUCAGUUCCACUUACCAUAUAGGUGCACUUUGUAGUUUUAAACCUACAGAUUGUAGUCCAUUUAUCUGCAUAAUUUGUUAGCCCCCUUCACCCUGUUCAUCAGUGGUCAGGACCCCCACAAGACUCGCACCGAGCAAGUAUUUUUGUGGAUGGUGGGGCAUUUUCAGCAGUGCAAUGACAUGUCUGUAAAACACAGCAGUGUUGCUGUAAAAUGAUCCAUAACCCAGAUAAUACCUGCUCAGUGGUGGUCCUGUGGAUGUCCUAACCAUUGGUGAAUGGUGUAAAGGGGGAUGGUAAAUGAACCUGGUUACAAGGUGUACCUAAUAAAGUGGCCAGUGAGUGUACUUCUUAAGCUUUUAAUUUAAAUCUAAUCUAUUUAUGUUCUUGCAUGUGGUCCUGAAAUACUAUAAGAAAUGUUUUAUUACUAAAAUUAUGGGUUAUUAUGGUAUUAUGGAUUACUGAGCAUUGCACCAUUUUUUUUUCAAAACAUGGAUUUUACAUCACAAUGUUUUGCUCAUAGAUUUAUACAGCUUUCUAAGUGCUCCAUAAGUCUUACUAUGCUGUGUGUUGUAGAACAGAGCAGGUCUGAGGAGAAUGCCUCCUGAAACGGUGCAUUUAAAUAAAUUAGUAUUUAAAAUCAGUGAAUAGCCCUCCUCAGCUUUAACACAGUGCUGCCAAAGUCUAAUUUGAGAGUUUGCAGUACUUUUCUGGCCUCUGGGCUAUUAUUUAAAGUGAUUUGAAGUGUACUUCUUUUUAAUCUUUAAGUGCAAACCCUGCAGAGCUUCUCUAGCCUUGUUAAUCAGGCUACAGAACUUAAUGUUUUAUGUAAAUGUCCGUUCAUGCUGUGCACUUUGUGAAGCCAUUAACUCAAUGUGCAAAUCUGAAGUUUGUCUGAGUUUGCGUAAGCACAAAUCUGAAUAAGGUUCUCAUCAUUCAUAUCAUAUGGCUAAAACAUGAGCAUGUCACUUAAUUUUUCAUAUUAAAUUCAGUCAUUUGACAUGGAAUUACUGAUUUUUAACAAAACGGAAGCAAAUCCAAAUUUGGUUGUGAAUGAGUGCUGUUGGAUUUUAUUAGAGAUAUAAUUAUACCUAAAUGUGUAAAAAUCACUGUGGACCAACAAGGAUAACACCCAUAGCAUUUUCCUUAUACGAAAUUUAGAUGAAUAGGUUACAGAUUCUGUAAGGCACAUUUUUAAUUCUCUUAUUCUAAGUUAGUGUUUUUUUUUUUUUUUUUUUUUGGUAGCUUUAUGUACUAACAUUAAAAUGUUUAAUGUUUUGGCACUUUGAUACGUGAUGCAAUUUCACAUAUAUUAUUUAAUCUAUGCCAUUUAUUUUAAAAUGAUCGAUUAUUGACAUAAGAACUUUCUAAUUGCCAGUUACCAACAAAAAACCUAAUUUUGUACAUUUUGUCUCCAGUCAUGUCUUAGCCUAUUGUUCUCCGUGCUUUGUCCUCUUUUCUCAGUCAGUGCUGGCUGAGCAUCCCUGGCCCCUGCCUGCCGUCUCCUUCCUGCUAAUGACACAGUGAGUUAUACCCAAAAGCAUAGGAGGUUAAUAAGAAGGAGUAUAAAUAGUUCUUUUUCAUUUAAAACGUGACACUGGGUAUUAUUAGCGAGUGUUAUACAUUGGUUUUAUGGGGCAUAACUCAAGGAAAAUAUGAAAAUAGAUGACACAUGCAAUUAAAACCUCUCAUUUCCUGCUUUGACCCCAGUGUGGUGGGAUAUUAAGGUGGUAAAUAUUCCAUGGUCAUGUAGAUGAGGCUAAACUGAUGUGAGCUCUGAGACGAGUCUUCUGCGGCUUCCCUCCCUCCUCCUGCUAUUCCUCUAAGCGGAGUGGCUUUAGAGGUUGUUCACCUAUUUCAGCAGGAAAACAAACUGUAAGGAGAAAUAAACAGCAGCAUUAAAUGACAGAAAUAAAACAUGGUAUUUUGAAAAAUGAAAUCAGAUUAUUGAUGAAGAAUUCCUGAAAACCUGCGAACAUCUAAAGUGUUACGGCACAAAAUGUGUUGAUGUCCUUCACCAUCUUUAUAUUGAUUUUUUUUUUUUUUUUCUCAAUAAAAAUACCGUUUAUUUAGUAGCUUUGGUGUAAGUACUGAGUGUGUAAAGGAAGAAACAAGUAUUCAGAUGCUUAUUCUUAUUUAAUAUGCAUCCAGUUCAAAUGUACACAUCCUGUCUUUUGACUUGACGACAUGCUUUUUUUAUUUAGAAGUAUAUUCAUAAACAAAAGAGAGGAAAAUUUUAGGAAUUUUAUAAAAUAAUGUUAAAAUAAUACUUUCUUGCAAAGCUUCCUCUUGUCACACUGUCUUAAAAACCUUGUUUCUUUUAGAAACCAGUCUUGACUUUUUUGGCCCUAUAUUUGGGGUCGUUGUCUUGAUGAAAUGUCCAUCUUCUCCCCAGAUACAGAUUUUUUUGGCCAAGAAUGGGUCUGGUAUUCUUGGACUCGUAUGCGCAGCCCUUCUUUCUCCAGACAUGACGAGCUGAAUUAUUUCUGAUGCGUUCUGUUCUUGUUUUGCCUGAUCAGAGUACAUUGCUCCCAAAGAGUUCUGAUUUGUCUAAGUGCUCGUGGGUUGAGAUUUGAUGAACUUUUCACUUGCAUAUUACUGAUGUUUAAGUGGAGCUGAUGACAUGGACAGUGAUUGUACCUAUAAGGAAGUGUUUCUAAUAAAAGUGCUCAGUGAGUGUAUAUACUAGGAGUAUAUUAAAUAACAAAAACAAGUGUUUGAAUUUGUUUCACCUCACUGUAUAUAACAGUGAGUACUGCUUAUAAUUAGUCUGUUGUACUAGAAGUUAGUAUAUUGUCAUUGUCAGAACAAAACCUUGCGUCUCCGAAAUGGUGACUUUUUUUGGAACAUUUCAGUUGCGUCAUUCCUCAUGAAAUUAUAACAUAAUGCACUGGAGUGUUCCGAUUAUGUAUGAGGACAGCAAUCAUAUGAUUGAUAUAUAUCACGAUUCAAGUUCUUAAUCAAAAGAAGUAGCAUUCAAACAGCAGAGAGCUGAUACACCCCCCCCCCCUUAAAUACUGCUAGGACUGAAGUGGUGUAUAUCUUACCCAUGCUGUUGGCUCCAUCUAGUGGCAAAAUCUUUGCUUGCAUAUCAGUACCCUGCCUCUUAAGUCUAAGCAAUAUUUAGUAAAGUAUGAUGGAUGGACAAUAUUGAAAAUUAGAAUUCCUUUUUUUUGUCUCCAUGGUUUCAUAAAGUUUUAUAUCAAUGUUCUUUGGAAAGCGCCGUGUUUAAUUUCAAAUAGGGAUGCACCAAUUUUCAUGGACACUUUUAGAACUUUCCUGGAUUUCCAAAAGUAGACAAAAGCAGCGUGAGCAUAUUACACUAACCCAUUCUAUAUUAAGCAAAGGGAUUUGGCUUUACCUGAUGGUCAGCAUGUAGAUAUCCAGUCAAAAAAAUCUUCCGUGACAGCUAAU